UCUUAAUCUCUCUCCUAGGGUUUAAAAAUGGGUCGGUUUUGAAGCACAAGAAGACAUGUGAAGGAAAUAGCAUAAAGUACAAUUGAUGGACCAGCAAGGAAAAUGCAACAAAGCACAAGAUAUAUUAGAUUUUUCAGUUUUGGAUUCCGGCGAGGCUACAAAUUUAAUCAACGACACCAAUAAUUGGCUGUUAAAUCUGAACGAUGAUGAUCGAUGGGAGGAACCACCUAACAAAAAGAAGGGAUUCGCCGGGGCUAUAUCAGAAGAAGAGCUGAAGAUUCGAAGUGAGGUUGAAAUGGAGAUCGAAAAAAACUUGGAGGAAGAAAUCAAAGAUGGGAUUUGCCAUCUUGCUCUGAGAUUGCAGAGGCUCUAUCAACACCAAAAGGAAAGAAGAAGUGCUGCUACAAAUGGAAGAAGGAGUAACAAUAACAAAGCAUUUUGUGAGGUUAAUAUUAACAUAAAAAUGGAAGGAGGAACCAAGAUUGAAAUUAAAGAGACUAAAAAACCAGCACCUGAAAGGGGUUGCCCUAAUUGGACUAGUUCAGGAAUAUCAGAGAGAAGUUAUCAACAAGUUACAAAGAUGGCUUCAAAUACCAAGAAGUUUGAUUGGGCCAAGUCGCUGCGUUCGAGUGCUGGGCCUGCACUCGUCACUAACAAAAAUAGCGGCCCACGUGAACUGGGUUGGAAAGUUUGAGAUUGCUUUGGUUUGUUUAUAUAUUUAAAUUAUGAUUGAUAUUACAUCUUUAAUGCUUAAGCUACACUAACGGGAGGAACAGCGUUCAAACCACUGCUAGUGUUGUUACUCACAGGUAGCUUCACCAGUGUGAUUUUAUAUGAGACAUGAGUAAGUUGUGAAUGUUUUGGGAGAUAUGAAAACAUCAAUUGUUGUAAGUGACUGUAAUUGUGAUUUUUUAUAUGUUUUGCCGAACCCCAAAAAUAAAUAAUGAAGUUGUUUUGUAAGGAAAAGGAACACUAGUGGGGUCUCAUGUAUGAUACUUGGCUCCUAAUAUGUAAGGAGUCACUAUGACGUGACAUUAUUUCA